AAAAUAUACGGCAACCCUGUACAUUUGGUACCAAUUUUGACAUUUGGAAGUAUUGCGUACGCGUGAAAGAAAUAGACUAAUUGUCAUCGGUAUUUUACAGGCAAGAAGAAGAAAAUGGCUUUCGGUGAUUAUCCAGCGGAAUAUAAUCCAAAGGUUCAUGGUCCUUACGACCCUGCCCGCUUCUAUGGCAAAGCUGAUGUUCCAUUUGGACAAGUGAAACUGGGUGAAUUGGGAUCUUGGCUUGGACGCCGUAACAAGUCUCCAAGCGCAAUUGCUGGUGCUUUCAGCCGUGCCUGGUGGCGUUGGCAACACAAAUAUGUGCAACCAAAACGUGCUGGUAUUGCUCCAUUCUUUCAAAUCACAUUUGCUGCCAUGACAUUCUUCUAUGUCAUCAACUACGGAAAAAUCAUUCACCACAGAAACUACAAAUAUCACUAAACCUUAGCUUUACUACUUGCAGUUUAUCGGAUGCGUUAGUGCUAGCAACUAAGGGCUAUCUUCUUUCAUUAAUAAUUUGGAAUUAAAAAAAAUUAAAUAUAUUUUUUUGUUUUCUGAAUAAAUUAGAAUAAUUUGCGCCGAAUAAAGAACGUGUUCCGAAGUUAUA